AUGCAUCAGAAAGCCAAAUUUUUCCUCCAAACUCUGAGGUUUGGUAUUGCUCGCUAUGGAAAAUACACACAGCAGCAGCAACAGCAGCAUGAUCUCCAUCAUUUCAUUGAUUGUUGUCCUUGGAUAAAAGUGAGAAAAUAUCACAACUUUAAGUGUUUGCAAAAUAAAUGCAAGAAAUCUAUAUCAGCAAGAAACAUCACAAGCCGGAGAUUCUCCUAUGUGGACCUUCUGAAUACUGAACAAGAGAACACAAAAUCUCUUUUAAUAAAUUACUUGGAUUCAAUGGAAAAAUUCAAGAAGAAAAUAGAAGCAUCUUAUGACAAAUACUCACUCAUUAUGGACAACUUAGAGAUUCAAUUUGGUGAUUUUCUUUACUAUGAAGAAAAUGGUUGCAUACUACGUUUAAAACUUGGAGAUGGUAUUAACAGUUGUGAAGUUUUACUCCGUUUGGAAGAGCUUUCAUUAUAUAAUGCCUUUGUUGAACGUAUCAGGAUUUCUCCAGGGGAGGAGUACAUGGCAGCCAGCAUAAAGACCUCAUCUUCUGAAGAUUCUACAUGUGUAAUUGUUAAGCUUGGCAAGUAUCCAGAAGUGGAGGACUUCAUUCCCAAUGUGUUCAGUUUUGAAUGGGCUACAGAUGGCGUUUUAUUCUAUACUUGUCAGAAGAACCUUAGGUGUUGUAAUGUAUUUCGGACUAGCUUUGGGAAUAAAAAACAUACUGAAUGCAUCUACACAGAACAAGACCCAAGAUUUUUUGUGGACCUUCAUUGUACAAGAGACAAGUGCUUCCUCACCAUAAAUAGUAACAGCAAGACCACUUCUGAAGUGUGGUUGGUGGAUUGUCAUCAGCCUUGGAAUCCACCAAUCCUUGUCCAAAAGAGAAAUUCCGGGAUUAUGUACCAUAUUGAGCAUAGAAAUAAUGAGUUAUAUAUUCUCACAAAUUUUGGAGAACCUGCAGAAUACAAGUUAAUGAAGACUUCAGUAAAUUCCUGUAGUAUGAAGAAUUGGCAACUGAUUUAUACACUGAAGAAGAAAACCAAACUUAUUGACUUGAUGAUGUUCAAGGAUCACUGUGUUAUAUUUCUAAAGUACUGCAAUCAACUUUACCUCAAUAUAAUUACCUUAAAUGAUCAAUCCAUUCAGUCUCUUAAGGAUGGAACCUUAGUGCCAUUGACAAUAUUCUAUAAAAAAAAUUCUGAGAGCUUACAGAAAAGACCUCUUCUUAUCCAUGUAUAUGGAGCUUAUGGGGUAGAUUUAAACAUGAAUUUCAAAGCUGAGAAUCAAGUGUUAAUUGAAGAUGGAUGGAUAUUAGCAUAUUGCCAUGUUAGAGGUGGAGGUGAAUUAGGCCUUAGUUGGCAUGCUGGUGGCUGUCUGAACAAUAAGCUCAAUGGCCUUGCUGACUUAGAGGCUUGUAUAGAGUUCCUUCACAACCUGGGAUUUUCUGAACCUGUGUUUACAGCCCUUACAGCUUAUAGUGCAGGAGGUGUACUAGCAGGAGCAUUGUGUAAUACCAACCCCAGACUCAUCAGGGCUGUAGUUCUACAGGCACCUUUUCUGGACAUUCUCAAUACCAUGCUGGACCCACAGCUUCCUCUGACCAUAGAAGAACUAGAAGAGUGGGGAGACCCUUCAUCUGAUAACAGAUAUAUGGACUACAUAAAAAGUUAUUGCCCUUACCAGAACAUUAGGCCACAGACUUAUCCUUCGGUUAUAAUCACAGCCUAUGAAAAUGAUCAACGUAUACCUGUAGAAGGAAUAUUAAAAUAUAUUCAGAGACUCAGAAAAGUUAUCACAGAUCAAAGACACAACAGAGAUACUGCACAAGGAAGAAAGAUGCCUAAUAUUAUUUUAGAUGUUCAGCCUGGAGGAAGCCACGCUGCAGCUUCUUGGGAGGAUUUAGUAACUGAGGUUGCCAAACAUCUUGCUUUUCUGUACAAGGAGCUUGGACUUGGCGACACUGGUCCCCCCAACUAACACCCAUUUGAAGACAAGAUGGAAGCUGAAAUAUGUCUCAUGCAGCAGCAUUGCAUGUUCCAGAAAUGUAGGGAUAAAUUACAAUCUCACACUAUUGGGGGGUCAGCAGAGCUCAGUAAGUCAGUUUGUGACAUUGUUUGGAAUUCUCUCACCCAUCAAAAGCCUUAUCUUUGCCUAGACCAGUAUUUUACACUCUCUGUCCAUGGGUGUCCAAAAGCGCCCAUGCCUAGCUCCCUCUGUCUUCAGCUCUGGUCUUCCUUUCUUAGAGGUCGCCUUAUUCUAGAGGAAGGUGACAAAGGCAGGCUGAGAACAGAGGAAAGGUUGGGAGUUUGUUGGUUGGUUGGUUGGUUGGUUGGUUUCUGUGCCUUUAGGCAAUUGGAACAAGAUAAAAUUCUUCACAUUGAAAUUAAUAAAAUAAUGAAA